GACACCAAGACGUCUGGCAUCCAAGAUGGCGAGCAUAAAUCGGGUAGGCUCGCCUAUGGAUUUAUGUGAAGAAAACUAUGACUUAAAACAAGAAGUUCUUGACAAUAAGAAAAAGUUUUUGGAAAACAAACAGAGAAAUCGUUCACCUUUUUUCAUUGGAUCCAUUGAUGAAGUUAAUAAGAAAAUCAGUAAACUAGACAGAAAACUACAGAAGUACACAGCAUUGGUUGUAGAAAGUCGAGCCUCCAACUAUGAAGACACUGACGAUACAAUGUCGGUGGCUAGUGCCAGAGGAAGAGACAGAUAUGAAAGAAGAGAGAGAGAAACCAAAGAAAUAAACAAAUUUGCAGGGUACUUUACAAUGAAGCAGACUUUCCUACCUGGGAGAAGUGAGAGGGUUAAAAAUAUCUCUAAAGUCAGCAUGCAGCCUAGCAAAACUACAAUUAAGAAAGAAUCAGGAAAACCAAAGUUUGUUGAGCUCCACCAGUAUCCUGGGUAUGAUUCCACGGAGCUAACAGCCCUCCCUGACGAAAUCCCCUUGGUGGAAAUGUUAGAAAAAGCAGUUGCAGCUCACAUGCAGCUCCAUAAAAAGCCUGACUACAGACCAGAAUUUGAAAAAUGGUUUUAUUCUGAAAUGUCCCAAGCAGUAUGCUCUGACAUUUUCUGGUACCUAUUUUUGGACAAGUUUCAGUCGAGUAAAAACUCCCAAGUCAAGCUGUUUAACAGAGCAGCGUACAACUAUGUGAAGCUAAUGUUAUACGUCAGGAAUCCCCAGUAUCGAGAUGUCUUCUUCAAGGACUACCCCACUUUGGUUGCCCAGGCGAUCUACGCUGCCUACUGCCACUCUUUCCCGGACUCCUACAGACAGUUUAACGAGCAGUUCAAGGAAGAUUUAGUUACCCUGGUCUAUAGCUGGAUUGCAGGUAUCAAACCAGCAUCCAGAUGUUGGUUGUUGUGGAACUUCAACAAAUUAGAGCCACCCAAUAUCAAACAGAGAGAGGAACUGAUGAAUAGAGAGAAGAAUAAGAAACCAUCCAUGUCCUUAAAUUUUGAUUUCCUGGACUCUCUAUUCUCCAGUAAUGCCAGUCAGUACACCUCCACCACUUCUUUAAACCAAUCCAUGUCAAAGUCCUCAAUGCAGAGCUUCGGGGGUCGCCGAGGGAAAAAACUCUCACGAGGCCUGAACAGACGUGGCAGUAUACAGAGCUCUGUUUCAAUCUCAUCUAAACAGCACCUCCAGUCUCCGGGAUCCUCCCAUGAUGGGGCCAUUAUUGACUAUGUGUCAGAAAAUCAGAGACUGGGAGGUUAUGGAAAAAAGCCCUCUCCAUCUGGGUCUCAGAUGGGGAAGGAACGUGCGGUGGAUCCUAGGAAAUUACGAGAUGCAUUGACUCCAAUUAGAGAGACAACAUAUGAAGAGGACGCUCAACAGCUGGACACACACAGAGGGGACAAAACAUCCACUGUGUCUGUCGCUCUGACCAAGGCCCCCACAAAAGUUCCAGGCAGGAAGUUGUGCGAGUCCCACCCAGCUUGUGGAGGUCCAGACUAUGUGAAGUCUGUUUUUAACAUUAAUGGACAGAGCCCCCUGGUGGUACACUUUUUAAGGAUGAAGGGACUACAGUAUGAUGCUGGCACAGACGUCCUGGUACAGCGAACAGAAAUACAAAACUUACCUCCAUUGGAUGCACCAACAUAUAGAGAUGUAAUAAGAGAAUCUUUCAAGAAAGCCAGGGAUAUAGAGAAGCAGUAUGACGAAUUUAUUGAAAAGAACUUUAAGGAGCAUGUUGAGACAAUGAUGAGAAAUAGAAUAGCAGACAAGAGACACAGAGAAUUAGAGAAGUUAUUGUUGUCUAAUCCAAAGGAGGUCAAAAGGUUAACAGAACUCAUCAUACUCGAGCAGGAGAAAGAUCUAGAGUCAGAUUCAGCCGAACCAGCAAGGGCUGAGGAUUCAUUGUCGGCUGGAGCUGAUACUGCGAUAGAGAACUCGUUACAGGCACUGAGGUGUUCCUAAAGGGAAGAUAACUCAAGGAGUUGUCUAGUCUUUUGUAAAAAGGUCUAAUAUACUGGUUUUUGACUAAACUCUUACUAUGAUGUAUUUAUGAGCUCUUGCAUAUAUAUUGAUGGUACAUAUUUUAGUCCAUUGCAAUGUAUUAUGUCAUGUACCCAAAGUCUUAUGCAAAUAUUUCUCGUUCACAAACUUGAUUUUGAUGAAGAUGCAUUUCUUUUCAUGAUUGAUCUGUACAUAGAUGCAUUUCCUUCUCAAUGCAUUAAAAAUAUGAAUAGUAUGGAAUCAAUAUUGGCAAAGGUGCUCUGGUACAUCACUAUUAAUUUUAUGUCAAAUUAUCAUGUAUUAAACAGUUACACAUUUAAUUUCUUAAGGCAGUAUGUUCUUCACAGACUUGAAAGAUUUUCUAUAUAAAAGAGAUCCUGUGAUUUUGUAAAAUAUUAAUUUGUGUGAUAGAAAUUAAAAAUAAAAGUUACAAAUAAGUAAUACAAUCAUGUAUGUGAGGAGGGCACUUUUGUUUACAUUCCUUAUAACCACUGUGAUAUUCUGACUGUGAUUAAUUAUGCACUUUUUAAGAAUAAUUUUUAAGACACCAUUGUUAUUGUUCAUAAUGCAAGGAAUUUUCCUGUGGUUGGUUCGUGAUUUACUGUCUUAUUUCAAUAAAAUGUUACUUUGAAU